AUGACUGAAAGAGAACCCGUCAAGAGCCAUACUCGGAUUGUCGUUUGGACGUCCAUUGCUGUCCUUUUAGCGGCUGCUUGGUUCGCAACGUCACGGCAUCAACCUCAGUGUCGCUGCUUUCCUGAUGAUAACUGCUGGCCGUCUUCAGCAGAAUGGGAUUCUUUCAACACGACUAUUGGGGGUAAACUAAUAGCUACCGUCCCGGUCGCAAGCCCGUGCCAUGAUGGCUUCCCUGGCGUCAGCUACGAUGCCGAGAAGUGUGCUCAAAUCCAACAAAAUUGGGCACGCCCGGAAUUCCACGACCAAACCACACAUUCGACUAUGGCCGCUUUCUUUGCUAACAUGAGUUGUGACCCAUUCACACCUCGUGAUGCGCCUUGCGUUAUAGGUACCUAUGUACCCUAUGCUGUCAAUGCUUCGGGUGUGGAAGACUAUCGUCAGACUCUGAAGUUUGUCAGUAAAUACAACAUCCGCCUAGUCAUCCGUAACACUGGCCAUGACUACAUGGGUAGAUCAACAGGUGCAGGAGCACUUGCUUUAUGGACCCACAACAUCAAGGAUAUAUCCGUCUUAGAUUAUGAAUCCGCCUCUUACGCUGGAAAAGCGAUGAAGCUUGGUGCAGGUGUACAAGCUUUUGAAGCCCAAGAGACCGCCAAUUCCCAUGGUCUUAUUGUUGUGGAAGGAGAUUGCCCAACGGUCGGUAUAGCUGGCGGUUAUCUUCAAGGGGGUGGGACCAGCCCUCUUGCAUCUAAAUUCGGCCUCGCAACCGACCAGGUCCUCGAGUGGGAGGUGGUUACGGCAAAAGGGGAACUUUUGACAGCAACUCCUAACCAGAACCAAGAUCUAUACUGGGCUCUUGCCGGUGGUGGCGGUGGUACGUACGGCGUGGUACUCUCCGUGACGAUUAAGCUACAUCCGAACAUGCCGACGGCUAGUGCCACCCUUUUCUUCAUCGAGCCAUCGGGUGCUUACUGGGAUAUUGUACAAGUUUUCCUAACGAAUCUGCCAGCGGUUGGGGCUGUUGGUGGUGUAGUCUAUUGGCAGACUUUGCCAGGGAACAUGUUUCGAAUGCCGCAAUCCUACCUACCAAAUGGGACUGCACAAGAUCUCGAAAUUUUACUCCAACCUACAUUGAGGGCGCUUGAUAAUAGUGGAAUACCAUAUACCUUCUCGUCUCGCGAUUUUCCGACCUUUCAGGACUCGUAUCUAGCUCUAAAUACCGAAAUGAAUGUUACGGAGAUUAACCUCGGAGGUCGCAUUGUUCCACGUUCUCUUGUAGCAUCCGACAGCGCAGCGUCGUCCCUAACUGGCGCCAUCAAAUCCAUUAUGGAUAAUGGUGGUGUCUUUGCUAGUGUCGUCAUGGAUGUCGGCCGGGCACCCAGUUAUUCUAACGCGGUACAUCCUGCAUGGCGAGAGUCACUGUUCCUGGCAUUCUUUGGCGUGAUGUAUGAUCGGCAAAAUUUGACGGCGAAUCGUGUCGCGCAACAGACUGUCACUGAUAAAUUGGUCCCUGCUCUGGAGAAUAUAUCGCCGGGUAGUGGUGCAUACACGAACGAAGCUAAUAUCCACCAGUCCAACUGGCAAGAAGUCUUCUAUGGAUCGAAUUAUCCCAAGUUACUAGCCAUCAAGAAGAAGUAUGAUCCGAAUGGCGUUUUCUGGGGCCCAAUAAGCGUAGGAAGCGAGGCAUGGGAAGUUGCCGGAGACGGACGACUUUGUAUGGUGGGGAAUUAA